AUGAACGUCACUGAAAGUGAAGGGCAUAUGGAAUUCGUAAUCAAAGAGACAAGUGGUAAAUCCUUCGUUGUCAUUCAUGAUGUGGUUCUAAAUACGUCUACGUGUUCGUGUAAGCACUUUGAGUUGUACGGGUGGUUGUGUAGACACGUGUUUGUUGUGCUCAAGGACCUGGGCUUCGAUCUCAUUCCGUCAGCACAUAUCAUGUCGAGAUGGACGAAGCAAGCAAUUAGUAAUCCCAUGUUUCACGUGCUCGAUAGCGUUGAUGCACAAUGUACCCAAGCCGAUGAUAUAAAGCGUUUGUUGAACAAACUAUGGUCGGAUAUACAUAUAUGCAUUGGAUUAUCCGAGCCCUGUGUCGAUCACCUCAUUGAAUUUUCCAAAAUCGUUGAAGCAUACAAGAUUAAGCUACUGUCUGCUCAAACAGGGGACACAUCAAUCACUGAUGCUAUGAACAUUGGAAAAGAACACCAAUUUGAAUCAUUUGUCGGCAUGUCCGCUCCUCAAGAGGUGAACAUUCACCCUCCGACACAAUCCAAGAACAAAGGUAGCGGUAAGAGACUAAAAAGUGCGAAGGAGAAGGGGAUUGAAGGGUCGCAAAAGAAAAGAAGGACGUGCAAGUCAUGUGGUGAAAUGGCUGGCCAUAACGCACGUACAUGUCCCAUGAAGCAGCAUGCAUACCAAUCAAAUCCAACCGAGGUAGAUGAAUAA